AUGGGUGAUCAUAGAGCAACUCCCACAGGCUCGGGUGCAGUCUUGGAUCCGGAUAUCGAUCUUGAAGACGCUACUCUAGACCUCAUUGUGGCAGGGGGAAAUCGUGAAUCCACGUUGUUGUCAGAGGUGUCAGCAUCAACCAGAGUCGACACUGAUAUAUUCUCAAAUGAUCAGGCUAUGGGCGAAGAUCAAUUGAGGAUGGGAAAUGCCGUUUUUGGGGAUUCCCUUUUACACUUUGAUCCCGCGAAUUGGUUCCUGGAUGAGAAUCUCAUUGAUCUCGGGCUGGGAGAGACAUGGAACGAGCCACAGAGUUCGAACGAUUGGUCGCCGCUGAGACUUCAGACACUUUCCGCUGCAAAUCCAAGCAAUCAACCCCCAAUUGUCCUGGAUCUGCAGCACAUAUGGUAUACUCACGCGCACAGGACCAUUGAGAGCCUUCAUGACGACUACGAAACAACCAGAAGAUCCGAUCCUGCAACGCUGAGGAGAGAUACUAGUAUCGACGAAACGUAUCGAUCGCAUAUGGUUGAGGAGCUUUCCCCUCGAUUCCGCAAUGAACCACUUCCGUCAUUGGAGUUUCUGAAUCUCUGCAUGCAAUUAUUCUUCACACGUUUCAAUGUUGCGCUACCCAUAGUUCAUGGGCCGACCUUCAGACCAAGCAAGAAUAAUAUUCUAACAGUUCUCACCAUGUGUUGUGCGGGCACGACAACAAUCGCUUCCGGAAUGGCUUCACGGGUGGGGUCGAUGCUUUUUGAGCGAACUCAUAAAGCUGGAAAUGGAAGUCCAUGGGAAAGAGGGCUAUCGGAGCGCCCGCACCUAACACCAACUAAUAUCAUCGGGUCCAUCGUCGGUCAAUGUUUCGCUCUGCUUUCAGCGGAUCCGGCUCACCGCACCGUUGCAGAUGCCUAUCAUGGAUGUCUUCUCUCGCUCGGCCGACAUGCGGGUCUAUUUUCGGAAUCCCUAGACCUUGAUCGUAGGGACACAGACUUGGAAGUUGACCUAGAGAAAAGGUGGAAGCGGUGGGCGCUGAACGAGGAGAUGAAAAGAGCUGCCAUCGCUAUGCAUAUUCAAGAUGCCGAGAUUUCCGCUCUAUUUCACCACGAGCCAACCCUCAGACAUAACGGAAGUCGUUUGCCUGAUGUUGUACCUACCCAUGUGUUUCAAGCGCCUUCAGCCGCAAUGUGGCAAAUAAAGCACAACGAGUAUUUCGGGAGUCGAACACGUCAAGUCAGGACUCAACUGAACAGUACGAACUUCGGUUCUCAAACAGCAAAAGGCAUGGAACAAAAGCAGUCCCUGAUGAACGCUUGGGCCACGCUCUCGGGCGCUGGCGCGACAAUUUGCGAAUAUCGGUCUUUGGAUACGCUCACACCACAGCGCAUCGUUGAGCUCGAAGCUGAUCUGGUGUCGUGGUACACAUUCAGACGCUGUUGUAAGAUUGAACCGUGUCAAAGCCGCGAAGAGCCCGAGCUAUCAUUCUGUCUACGGCCGUUGUGGCAUGCUACCUUUAUAGCCUUGAGCGCAGACAUGGAUCUCCUAGAGCUGGCAGUCGGAAGACAAGGUUCUAUUAUCCCGACAUCGAAAUUGGAUCUGGUCAAGGAUUGGAUAUCCUCGCCGGAAUCAAAGCGUUGUCUCCUCCACGCACUGUUAUUACAGAACCUGGUCACAUCUACCACGGUAGACUCCACCAUAGCCAUCCACACGCCCCGGAUUCUGUUCUCGGCAGCUCUCUGUUGGUAUUCCUCCACGCUUUACUUGCCGUGGUGCACAGCAGCAUUCGACUCCGGUGCUUCACUAUUUUCUGACGAUACGUCCGACUACCUGAUGGCAUUGCCAGAGAUACAGCUUCUGAAGGAGGAUCGCACCACAAGUGGCACAGUCAUUCUCAACAAGUCAAUUUCGGAUCUCAAAAAGAUAAUGAGAACCGACCCUGCUGGGAUGAAAGCUAGCACUCUCUACGUACUUGAGUCAGCUCUUCGACGACUUGGAACAAGUGGCAUCUCGCAGAGAUUUGCUGACAUCGUGCAGGCUUUUCUUACAGGUGGUACCCAGUGA